AUUGUGUAUGAACAGAAAGAGCCAAGUAAAUGGGAAUAAUCUCAUGCCCUAAUUGGAAUCUUUAUGUUUGUUAUAGAUGUGAACUGGUAUGUUUUGGGAAGCUUUCCAUCCACUCUUUAUGCAAUGAAAGAUCAGCUUUCUUUAUAUUUUCACCAGAGAUAUAAAUAAAGAGUAUGUUCAUCACUAUACCUUACAAUUCUGAAAGUAAAACAGCACCCUAAAUGUGAAACAGAAGGCUAUAUCAAAGAAAUUCUAGGUAUUAGAAAAACAAAAGGUGUCUUUAAAGUAGGUAAGAGAAGGAAAAAAAAAAAGUCAAUUUCCUGAUUUUUGGACUUAAAGAACACAAAUUGAAUAUCUUGAAGAAAGAAGUUGAAAAGCACCUCAGUUUCAUGGGCAAAUGCAAAUAAAGACAACCACAACCACAACCAACCUACACCAAUCAGAGUGGUGCUCCUUAUGGGCUCUUCCUGAGGAUGGUAGAAACUGCUUUUUUAAAUCUAUGUUUUUGUGAUUGUGCCGAGAAGAGAGAGAACAAGAGAAAGGCACUAUAUAAAAGAAGCCGCCUUGAGAUUUGUAAAAUCCGUACAAAAACCUCAUAGGUAAGGAAACUUACCAGAUUUGGCCUUUGCUCUUUAGUGAUGGACCCAGAUGCAACCUCUGCUUAUUUGGAUUACUCCUAUGCAACAAGCCAAAUUCCUGAUAAUGAGGAGACCUAUGUUUCUUACACAUCUGUCUUUCUUCCCGUCUUUUAUACGGUUGUGUUCCUGACUGGAGUGUUGGGGAACCUCGUCCUCAUGGGUGUGUUGCAUUUCAAACAGGGCAGCAGAAGACUGAUUGACAUCUUUAUCAUCAACCUGGCUGCCUCUGACUUCAUUUUCCUUGUCACGCUGCCUCUCUGGGUGGAUAAAGAAGCAUCCUUAGGACUGUGGAGGACAGGCUCUUUCCUGUGCAAGGGCAGCUCCUACAUGAUCUCAGUCAACAUGCACUGCAGUGUCCUCUUGCUCACCUGCAUGAGCGUUGACCGCUACCUGGCCAUCAUGUGCCCCACAGUAUCCAGGAAAUUCAGAAGGAGAGACUGUGCGUAUGGAGUCUGUGCCGGCAUCUGGUUUGUCUCCUGCCUCCUGGGGUUGCCUACUCUUCUGUCCAGGGAGCUCACCCUGAUUGAUGAUAAGCCAUACUGUGCAGAAAAGAGGUCCACUUCAGUUAAACUGGCCUGGUCCCUGGUGGUCUUAAUUUUCACUUUUUUUGCCCCCUUGCUGAGCAUUGUGACCUGCUACUGUUGCAUUACAAGGAAACUGUGUACCCAUUACCAUCAGUCAGGAAAGCAUAACAAAAAGCUGAGGAAAUCCAUGAAGGUUAUCUUUAUUGUAGUGACAGCCUUUGUCUGCUCCUGGCUGCCCUUUAAUACUUUCAAGCUUCUGGCCAUUGUCUCUGGAUUGCAGCAAGAACUCUACGUUUCUUCAGCCAUUCUCCAGCUGGGCAUGGAGGUGAGUGGGCCCCUGGCAUUUACCAACAGCUGUGUCAACCCUUUCAUUUACUAUGUCUUUGACAGCUACAUCCGCCGGGCCAUUGUGCGAUGCUUGUGUCCUUGCCUAAAGAAUAACGACUUUGGGAGCAGCACUGAGACGUCAGAUAGUCACCUCACUAAAGUUCUCUCCAACUUCGUUCAUGCAGAGGAUUUUGCCAGAAGAAGGAAGAGAUCCGUGUCACUCUGAAAGGGGCUGUGAAAUUUCAAGCUCUUUUGGUGGGUUGGGGAGUUAUUUUGUCAGCAACAAAGGAAGAAGAAAAGUAUUGAUGAUGGGAUUCGUAUUGUUUCAUAAACAAGACAAAGAGUUAGUUUUUUAAAGAGAGGACUCAGAAGCCCCUGUGUUUGUAGAUAUAAUUAGGCUAUGUGCAGUUUUUUCAGCUGAGUGGCCUUUUUCAAUCAAGUUCAUGAAGCAAAAUACAACUCAUAUCUGUCCUUGAACUCGUAAACACCCCUGCUUGGAUCAGUUGCUUUCUUCAUGAAUGUCAGUACACAUUCAGGCCUUUUUCUCAAGAACCUGGUACCUUGAGCCACAUCACCUUUCACACUGGGUUUCAAAUCAAACAACAUUUAAAGGAUUCUGCUUACUUUCGUCAAAUGAGAAGUGUGGUGUCAACGCAGGUAGCAAAAAAUAUAAUAUACUUGUUCUCUGUAAUUAAUUGUUCCUGAGUAACUAAGAAAGAUCUGGCUUUAAUCUUUAAAGCCUUGUAUGGGGAUUCUUCAUCAUCUUCCAAUAAUGUCUUUCAUCCGAUGCUCAUUCACAAUACUUUGGACUAGCAAAAAGCUCAUGGGGAUAAAAUCAUUUUGUACUGAGCUUAUGUUUUGGCA